AUGCCACAAUUAAACCCCGCCCCUUGAUUCACUAUCCUGGUAUUCUCAUGGGCCGUGUUCUUAGCUAUUCUCCCAACAAAAGUAAUAGCACACACGUUUAAUAAUGAGCCCAGCCCACAAACUGCAAAAAAACCAAAACUAGACUCUUGAAACUGACCAUGAUACUAA